AUGACAACCCUUCAGUCUGAGGAGCAACGCUCGCGCGACAUGGCUCUACGGGAUUCAAAUGACGUCACUGCUUGUUUGGAUUCAGAGCGCGCUGCUAGCACGAUCCAGCUUACUCCACAGCCCAAGAACCAUCUACAAGGUCCUUCCGAAGGAUUCAAGGCUCACUCUAUCGAGGAAAGCCCCAGCCCAGCUCGCCAAAACUGGAACCGGGCUGUCAGCGUCGCUAUGCAAGCCAGCGGCGAUGAUGAUGCAGACUCCGAGGCCAGUCGCGUGACAAGCCCCAAGCAAAUGGAUCUCGAAUAUUUCUUGGAGAUGGUAGAUUCGAAGCACCGUCAUGGCUCCAAUCUGCGCGCCUACCAUAUUCUUUGGAAGGAAUCUCCCUGCAGCCAAAACUUCUUUUACUGGCUGGAUCACGGCGAAGGAAGAGACGUCGAGGUUCCAAACGUAUCACGCGAGCGACUCGAGAGACAACAGAUAAGAUACCUCACUGCCACCGAGAGGUUGAAUUACCUGGUUAGCAUAGGCCAGGAUGGCUUGUUUCGAUGGGCGAAGAGCGGCGAGCUGGUAGAAACUAAUGAUGCCAAGUUUAGGGACAGCAUUCAUGGCAUAGUUCCCAAGGGUGACGACACGCCUUGUUUUGAGGCAAACUCGAAUCUUGGCGAAAAACCAUCUGACCCUGAGUCGACCUCCUCACAAUCGUCGCCUUUGCAGGGGCAUGCUGGCGAUGAAAGCAAUGAAGACCCCAUGCCUGCCACGGAAGAAGACAACGAACUGAGAAAUUCCGCCAAGAGGUUCUCAAAUGUCAACCCAGUGGCAAUCUACGAUCGUUUUGCGGGAAGCCUGUCCGUGAAAAAAAACAUGUGGAUAUUUGUCGCCGAUACAUCUUUUCGUAUCUAUGUAGGGAUCAAAGAGCCUGGGGCUUUCCAACAUUCCUCCUUCUUACGUGGAGGGCGCAUCGCGGCGGCUGGGCUUCUCAAAAUUAAGUCUGGCCAACUACGCAGUCUAGCUCCUUUGAGCGGCCAUUACCGGCCCCAUCUGGCUAACUUCCGUGCCUUUCACCGUUCUCUUCAAGAACGGGGUGUGGACUUAUCUCAUGUUUCUAUCACCUAUUCAUAUGCUGUCCUUGCUGGAAUCGAGGGCUACACUAAGACCAAACGGAAAAUGCACUCCAUGCAUGAUAAAUUGGAGAAGACGAAGGAAAAAAUACAGUCGAGUCAUUCACAUGCAGCCGAUGCUGGGAGCUAA